CUGCUGCUAAAAUGAAUACAGUUCGUAUUCCUGUUGGUUAUUGGACUACUGGUUUCGAUAAUCAACCUGGUGGUGAUCCAGAUGGAUGGAAAAUGUAUGCACCUGGUGCAAUCAACUAUUUAGAUCGAGCUAUUCGUGAAUGGGCACCAAAAUAUAAUUUACUUGUAUUAAUUUCACUCCAUGCAGCUAAAGGUAGUCAAAAUGGUAAUGAUCAUAGUUCGCCUCAAGAUCCAGGCAAAACACAUUGGUCAGCCUAUCCAGAAAAUGUUCGAAAUACAUUAGAUGCUGUUGAAUGGUUAGCAAGACGAUAUUAUGCUAAUGAUGUAGCAUUUUUAGGUAUUGGCUUACUCAAUGAACCUACAGGAUCAACAGAUGAAGGAGUUUUGAAACAGUUUUAUUAUGAUGCUUAUGGUCGUAUUCGUCAAUUUUCAGAUUGUUUAUUAACUGUGGCACCAUUACUAUACCAGCAAGGACCAUAUAAUAGUGAUUGGGCUCGCUUUAUGCCUCCACCACAAUUUCAUGGUAUUCGACAUGAAUGGCAUCGUUAUCAAAUUUGGGGAUUUGAAAAAGGUAAUUGGUUAUUUAUUGGUGAAUGGUCUAUUGCAUCGUCAGCUACUUUUAAUGACGAUGAUUUACGUCUAUAUGCUCAAGCACAACUUGCUGCAUUUCAAGGAGCAACUGGCGGAUGGACAUAUUGGACAUGGAAAUUUUAUAAUGAUGAUGGUUCAAGAAAUGCUUGGAGUAUGAAAGCAAUGAUUAAUCGUGGUCUUAUCCAACUUUGA